AUGGAGGAGCUCGCUGGCCUGGACCUGGUCUCCUCCCAGAAGGCGGACGAGAGAGUGGAGGAACUGCUAGAGGGGGAGGCGUCGAUCGCGGUUGGAGUGGAGAGGAACUUGGCGGAGACGUUGAGUCUGAAUGAGCUUAACGAGGUGAAUUGUUUUGCCGGGUGUGAGGCGCUCCAGGAGGAGGCUGAUGCUAUCAGAAGCCGGAGGUCUCAGCUGGAGGAGAGGGCCAAGAAGUGCACGGACGGGUCCAGGGUUUUCGCUGUGGAAGAGAAGGAGGUGGGGGACAUGAGCGCCUUGUUGGAGGCGAAGGUUAAAGCGUUGGCGUCGCAGAAAUGUCCGAUGAUUGGGAAGGUCGUAAGGUACAAGAACCUGUCCCUCAUACUCGAGGACCAAGUUCUUGCGAUGGAUAUAGAGCAUAAGGUUUCAUCAGUAUGGCAGAGGGAGAUGCUACAUGCAGUGGAGGAGAUGAAGAGAAGGGAGGGACUGCAUGUGAAGGAGAUCCUGAAACUCCAGACAGAGAAUAAGAAGCUCGAAUAUGCAAGAAUGAGGGCGGAGAUGGCGGUCACUUACUGGCAGAAGAAGUAUGCGGAGCUGGAGACACGGAGUUUGGGAAAUAUGGAUAUGAAACGCAACUUGGGCAUCAAAGUAGGAAGAAACAUACCCGAAAGGCCAGAUAUAGAUGAAUUCUGCAAAGAAACCAAGAGUCGUCAUCUUCCAAAGCUGAACUCUGAAGACGUGACUAGAGAAUCGGAAAGUGCAGUUCAGGCUGGGUUGGGAACUUCUUGUGCUGGUGGUGUCGUUGUGAUCACGGACAGUGAGGAUGAAAUGGAAAAACAGAAUUAUGAUUCUCGGAAAGGAAGUCAUCUUGAAAGGUUAUGUUCUCAUGGAGAUGAAGGGGGAGAAAGGUUCUCGAAUGAAUUGCCUAUGGCUCUGAAACUUGAUGUGACGAUGGGAUCUGCUGAUAGCACCCCUGGUGAAAAUUGGAUUUCUGCUUCAACACCAAAGAGAAGGCGCAUGUCAACAGUUGUUAUGAGCGACAGUGAGGAUGCAGAGGACGAGCCUAAAGAAAGGUUCUCAAAUGAAUUGCCUAGGGCUUUGAAACUUGAUGUGACGAUGGGUUCUGCUGAUAGCAGCCCUGGUGAAAAUCGGAUUUCAGCUUCAACACCAAAGAGAAAUCGCAUGUCAACAGUUGUUAUGAGCGACAGUGAGGAUGCAGAGAGUGAACCUAAAGUUCCAACAGAAGAGAUUAAGAAGAAGAAAAUCAAGGCCAUUGAAGAUUGUCAGAGUUCAUCAAGCAACUGUUCUCUUGCAGAUUAUUCGAAUGAAGAUGACCAGAAAGUGUUGAGAAUGCCUUCUAGGAGGCAUCUGAUUCCGUUAAGCCAACUUGGAGAAGUGAGAGGCAGAGGAAAACUAACCUAUUCAAGAGAUUCAGGUACCCCAAUGUUCUCAUCUGGAGUUCAGGAAAGUUCCUCUGUAAGGAACAAAGGAAAUGUUCGCCAGAGGCUGGAGUUUCCAACUGUCGAAGGUGCUAAAAGCCAUGAUGAAGAUGUCGAAUCCAGUGAAUCCGAAAGUGAGGGAGACAGCUUAGAAGAGUUUAUUGCAGAUGAGUCGAAUCCUUCAGAUGAGGAAGUCUGCGACAUGUCAUCCGAACAGGAAGUGAGUAGUGAUUCAUCCACUGAUCAUGUUUUUGCUAGGAUCCGUCGAGAAAAGAGUAGCAUGAAAUGGGAAUAUGAAGGAGACAUGCUGGCUUCCUUUGGAAAGGACCCUGUGAUCUGCAUGAAAGCUGUUUGUGCUCUUUACAGGCAGCAAACUCCUGAUGAGAAGUCAGUCAAAGGGACCCUGCUCACGAACAAUCGUGGCUUUAACAGAAUUGAUGCGAAAAGGUAAAGCCCAGAUCCACCUCUUCACAGUAGUCAUUGAGUUCAUCUUUUUGCCUUGUGAUUAUAUGCAUGAUCUAGUAACUUCAUCUCUUCCUUCUUAUAUCCUUUACGCCUUUUUACUUUUCUGGAGAUCGAUUGGAUAAAUGUAUUGAUAUGGUAAGUUAACUUGGUUUUUGGGGUGGAAAAAGUUUCUGGGAAAAUUGGAAACUGGGGGAUCUUGCUGUGAGCAAGAUGCACAGGAGAGGUUUUGUGUCCAAGGAACUGAAACCGAAGAGGAUCAUUGGUGCAUGUAAUAUGCAGAAAGAUGUGGGGGGAAGAACUCAGAUGUUUUAGUUGUGGGAGAGAAGAGAAAGGCGAAUGGAGAAGUGGAGAAAAAGAAGAAGGGAUCCACCGUUAAGAGUUCUUUCUUGCAUCAAACAAGUGUUCAAUUAUUUUCGAAUUUAUUGAAGAAACAGUCAUGCUCUAAAAAAAAUAUGAACAGUUAUACAUUAUCCAUCAGUGAAAACUGUUUGCAUCACAAACUUUGAUCUUCCUACAGAUCGAAAAUAAUCAUUCUUCUCCUGUAAAUGAUCAUCAUUCGUGCCUAUUGAAUAGCAUGUAAUCCUUCUGUACCUAAACCGGGGGGGUGUUUUAAUUGGUUCAAUCAAACUUCUAGACGGUUCCUUGGUUUUUUUUUUUUUUUUUUUCUUCAUCCCCAGAUCUCAUUUUCAGCCACCGCUUUGUACUAAUAAUCUGAUCCUGUUCCAGGGGUUCGUUUAUCGCAGAGUUCUUAACAGACGGUAAUUCUGUUGGCCCUCUCGUGAAAUCUGUCGACAACCUACGAGCGUAUGAUCCUGGGGGUAUCGAACACUGCUACAAGCUCGCCACCCACUACUCAAAGCAGCUGUUCAUGAUCUACCAGAGCGGAGAAGACCCCCACUUCCGUCCCGCAUAG